AUGAGACAGACAGACAAUGAGGCGACAGACAGACAGACAGACAAUGAGGCGACAGACAGACAGACAGACAAUGAGGCGACAGACAGACAGACAGACAAUGAGGCGACAGACAGACAGACAGACAAUGAGGCGACAGACAGACAGACAGACAAUGAGGCGACAGACAGACAGACAGACAAUGAGGCGACAGACAGACAGACAGACAAUGAGGCGACAGACAGACAGACAGACAAUGAGGCGACAGACAGACAGACAGACAAUGAGGCGACAGACAGACAGACAGACAAUGAGGCGACAGACAGACAGACAGACAAUGAGGCGACAGACAGACAGACAGACAAUGAGGCGACAGACAGACAGACAGACAAUGAGGCGACAGACAGACAGACAGACAAUGAGGCGACAGACAGACAGACAGACAAUGAGGCGACAGACAGACAGACAGACAAUGAGGCGACAGACAGACAGACAGACAAUGAGGCGACAGACAGACAGACAGACAAUGAGGCGACAGACAGACAGACAGACAAUGAGGCGACAGACAGACAGACAGACAAUGAGGCGACAGACAGACAGACAGACAAUGAGGCGACAGACAGACAGACAGACAAUGAGGCGACAGACAGACAGACAGACAAUGAGGCGACAGACAGACAGACAGACAAUGAGGCGACAGACAGACAGACAGACAAUGAGGCGACAGACAGACAGACAGACAAUGAGGCGACAGACAGACAGACAGACAAUGAGGCGACAGACAGACAGACAGACAAUGAGGCGACAGACAGACAGACAGACAAUGAGGCGACAGACAGACAGACAGACAAUGAGGCGACAGACAGACAGACAGACAAUGAGGCGACAGACAGACAGACAGACAAUGAGGCGACAGACAGACAGACAGACAAUGAGGCGACAGACAGACAGACAGACAAUGAGGCGACAGACAGACAGACAGACAAUGAGGCGACAGACAGACAGACAGACAAUGAGGCGACAGACAGACAGACAGACAAUGAGGCGACAGACAGACAGACAGACAAUGAGGCGACAGACAGACAGACAAUGAGGCGACAGACAGACAGACAAUGA